UUUUAUUUCCACAGUCCCAGUAGCCGCUAUAUCUGCCGCUUAAUUUGUUUCCUCUGUUACUAAAUUUAGCUCAGGCUUUAAGUUCUUCUUACUGGGUAAUUGGUAAUUGCCCAUCUGUCAUUUUCUCUCUUUUGCCCUUCCUUGAACCUUGCAUUCCAUUUCAGAGCUGUCGAUCUGUGAAAUUCUUGGUUCUAUUUGUGGAAAUUUUUAGUUUAUAUGAUAAUAUAGUAAUUUUGUUAUUAUUUUCUUUUUCUUUUUUUAAAACAAAUUAAGACUUUAAGGGGGAUUGUAGUUAUUGCGGAUUAGGGUCUUGAGGGAUCAGCGCAUUGGAAUUUGGGUUCCUCGGUCUCUCUCCUCUUCUGGGUAAGUGGGGGAGAAGACGAAAGGAAACGUCUUCUAUGAUGGAGGGUUAGGGUUUUCGAUAAAUGGUAGUGCUGUUUAGUGGCUUUUUAGUUUUCGAGCGUUUCGAUAAGAAAUAUCUGGUGUCGAGAAAUGAGGUGCUUUUUUUGCAUUAGUUCAUCCCGUAAAGAUACUAAGAUCGACGUUGAAAAUGGCCUUCGAUCUACCUCACGCCAUUCUUCUGAUUCUUCUGGUAGCGGGAAGAGAAAGCCUUACUAUUGAUAAUGGCAACAAGGCUGCGGACACCAGUGGAGCUCGCAGUUUCACAUUUCGAGAGCUUGCAUCGGCCACCAGCAAUUUUAGAGAGAUAAAUUUGGUCGGAGAAGGAGGUUUUGGGAGGGUUUAUAAAGGCCGUCUAGAAUCAGGGGAGAUUGUUGCAGUGAAACAACUUAAUCAUGAUGGUGUUCAAGGGUUUCAGGAAUUUAUUGUUGAGGUUCUGAUGUUGAGCCUGUUACAUCAUCCCAAUCUUGUCACCUUGAUUGGCUAUUGCACUGCUGGUGAUCAAAGACUACUGGUUUAUGAGUACAUGCCAAUGGGUAGUUUGGAAGAUCAUCUUUUUGAUCUGGAACCUGAUAAGGAGCCCUUGAAUUGGAGCACUCGAAUGAAGAUUGCUGUUGGUGCUGCUCGAGGCCUUGAGUACCUACAUUGCAAAGCAAAUCCUCCUGUCAUUUACCGUGACCUGAAAUCAGCCAAUAUCUUGCUAGACAUGGAUUUCAAUCCAAAACUGUCAGAUUUUGGACUCGCAAAAUUGGGACCUGUUGGUGGAAAGACACAUGUUUCUACCAGAGUUAUGGGAACAUAUGGAUAUUGCGCCCCAGAGUAUGCCAUGAGUGGCAAAUUGACUCUUAAAUCUGAUAUUUAUAGCUUAGGUGUUGUUCUCUUGGAGUUAAUUACUGGGCGAAAGGCAAUUGAUCGCUCUAAGAGGCCAGGAGAGCAGAACCUAGUUGCCUGGUCUCGCCCAUUUCUAAAGGACCAGAAAAAGUUUUACCAGUUGGUUGAUCCCCUAUUGCAAGGGCGUUAUCCUCGGCGUUGUUUGAACUAUGCAGUUGCUAUCACAGCAAUGUGUCUUCACGAGGAAGCGCAUUUUCGCCCUCUUAUUGGUGAUAUAGUUGUUGCCCUCGAAUAUCUCGCCUCGCAAUGCCAGGGCCCAGAUUCCAAUAGCAGUCGAGUACAAAGUGCCACUCCACCAUCUUCCCAGCCAACAGAUGGGGAGGCCUAUCCUCAAGAACCGAUUUCUAGGUGCCCAACAGUUUAAACUUUUAUCGGGAAGAAGUUUCUGAAGCCUCUGAUUACUGUGUCUCUCCAGGCUUAAAGACGCAAAACCUCUGAAACAGUGCUUGUGAGAAUAUGUAUAAAAAUAUAUGUACAUUUAUGUAUAUACAGUUGGGUUUGGAGAAGAUGUUUUUCAGUUAUAAAUCAUAAUUCAUAUAGUUAGAUUAUAUGUUUUUCAUUGUUA